CUGGACUGCGCGGUGCGACUGCCAUAAAUAGCUAGCGAGGCUACUGCGCCAGUGCCCUGGGGCGCGGUUUUGGUACCACGAGAAGUUGACAGGUAACGAGGGAAUACCACAGUAAGCAUCCGUGCUACCCCCGCUACCACCAGCCAGCAAUAGCAUCAUCCCGUCACCAUACCCUGUGCCACCAGCUUCUAGUUGUACCACCACUACCACCACCACUCCCAACUAUCUACUUAUCACACCCAUCCUCCUUCCACCGCCUCGCGUACAGCAACAAACGCACCACUUCCCACUAGUAAAUUGGUUCACGCACAAUCACUACAUAGCCUUCUCGUGAAGCCUGCAAGACUCUACACCUCCAUCACGCGCCCACCAGGCACCCUGCUGCACUCCUUUGCUGUCCACUACGCAAAUUGACCUGGCUUCCCCCGUCGUGUUGCUUUCUCCAUGAGUUCGGCGCAAGCAGCAGCGUUGGCUGCCUUUAAAGGCAUCAAGAAUGACGACAAGAAGCUGUUCAAAAUCCCCCCACCUACACGAACGUACACUGCGCCCACUGCAGCAGCAGCCAAAUCCAAGCAGGUGCCCCGAAUCCAGACCAAGUUUGCAUCUCCGUCGCCCAAAAAGCCCGUGUCCAUCUCCAGAAUCAACACCCCCACCACGCCCUAUGCGCCAUCCAAGACGCCAGUCGAGUCCCGGGCCAUCAAGACGCCAGUUGAGUCCCAGGCCAUCAAGAUGCCAGUCGAGACCCGGGCCAUCAGGUCGCCAAUCGAGAACCAAAGCACCAAGUCGCCUGCAGAAUCAAAACCCAGAGCUACUCCUAACCAGAGUCUAGCAAGUGACGCUGGUCCCUCUCCACUAGAUACUCCCCGUUCCCGCCAACCUUCGGUGGACCUCUACUACGAAGUCGAGUCGGCACGCUCUUCCCCCGUGGACAGGGUCUUGCCGAAAGCCCCUAAGGUCGACAAGUUCAGAAAGUCAUCAUCCCAGCAUUCAAACCUCUCACUUGGCUCUUCCACCAGCUUGCCCCAAGAUGUGAUCAAAAACCUCAAAACCUCCAUAGACUCCAAAGCCAUCGCCAACGACCAGUCCCAGAAGCGCUUGUCAAUGCAGUAUGAACCCUCAGAAAUGAUCAAAAACAUCAAGAACUCGAUUAAGUCCAAGCAGAUGUCGCGGGUCCUGACCACCGAGUUGUCGCUCAAGAACCAGGCCCUUAUCGAUGCUUUCAGGGAUAGCGUGGACCUGAAGAGAAUCACUCACCUGAGCCAACCAAUCGGUAUCAAAGAUAGAAGAGUGAGCGAUUUUGGUGACCAUGCUACAUACGAUAAAUUUUUUGAUAGAGCGAGCGAUCGAACCUCCAACAGAUCAAGCAUCGACCGACCAUUCGAGAAGUUUGCAUUCGACAAACCUGAUUCAAAUAGUUUCGACAAGGAACGAUCAAGCUUCGAAAACGUGUCAAGCUUUGAUCGUCCCUACAGAUCGAGCUUCGAGCGGCCAGAUAGGUCCAGCAUCGAUCGACAAUCCAGCAUCGAGAGGCCCGAAAGAUUCAGCUUUGACAGGCCUGAUAGAUUUAGCUUUGAAAAGGAUAGGGACUUCGCUAAAGCUUUUGAAAAGCACGAUAGUGCAGCUUCCGUUUCCGAUAUCAUUUCGACAAGGUCUGACCAAGAAAAAUCGGAUCAAAGCUUCAGGAAGCCCACGUUCGCAGGAAACUGCAGGCAAAAUGGAGAUGAUCUUGCAAUUUAUCAAAAGCCAAUUUAUUCCAACUCAUACUCAUCCAUCGGCUCGUCCAUCCUGCUUCCCCCAAUCCCUUCUUCAAGUCCGGCAGCCCCGGCUAUUGUCAUAGAACAUAACUCCUCAGAUGGUGGUGAUUUUCUGGAAGACGCCACCGACUCAAAAAGUUCAAGGAAACUCGGAGAGUCCAAGGAAGAACAAAAGCCUUCUGAUUUGGGAGAUAUUCCCGAGAAUGAUAAAUUGGGAACCCUUCAGGAAGCAUUUGUAAAGGUGAAACUGGAUAGAAACAUUUCACCCAUCACCAUACCGCCUUCAUCCAAUUCAUGUGCUAGAAGUCCUAACGGGAACAGUUCUGAUAACCUUAUACAUACAAUACCCUCUCCAAAUGUUAAGUUAUCAGAUUCUGCAAGAUCUUUUCUUGAAGAGAAGGCAAAGCCAAAGCGAAAGCCACCUCCGGAGAUGACGCUCGAUUUGCAGCCUGUAAGGCCAGAUGAUUUACUUGAUAAAAGAGGUGUUCAAGGCACUCCCUACCUGAUAUUUUCAAGUAAAUCUCUGACUUCAAAUCAAGAUGAUGGCUAUUUUACCGAUCACGAUUUUGAUUUUAUUGAAGUAAUUCCUAGAUCGAGUCUUGAUAGUCAACGGACUGAUAACACAAAGACGUCGCAAGCACUUCCAAAAUUCCCUGAAGGAAAGCAAAAGAAUGGCGACCACAAGCAUUUGUUCAAAAGAAUACAUAAGCAAAAGGGAAUCGAUACUACCGUUAACCUAUUAGAAACUAGCGGAGACGAAAGCGAAGUCUCGCGUCCACCAAUAAUUACCAGAGCCUCCGCACCCAUUUUGACCCAUCAGAACCAGCCCAUCCAGCUUAAGACUACAAUGAGAAAGACUAAUAAGAGAAAAGAGAAGAAAUACUCUUUCAACGAAAAUAAGCCAUGGAAAAACCAUAUAGAUCUACACUAUGUUUCAGAGCAAGAAAGAAAGAGAUACGAAGGUCUUUGGGUCAGUAACAGAGGAAACUACUUGAAUGAUGUGGUGACGAAGCUUUUGGGAGUUGACUAUGACAACCAGGAGGUUUUCAGAGCAGAAAGAGAAGAACAUUCGGGUAAAGAAGACACUGACGACAGCAGAAAGAAGAUUUCUUUGAAGGCCGCUAGAUUGAGUUCCAAGGCCGACUCUUCCAAUUUCAACGACCUGCAGAAUUUCCACAAUUUGAAGUCGGCCGAGCUCAAUGACUUGAUGCACGGCAUUGUGGUGAAAAGGAUCUGGGACCGUAGUCGAUUGCCUGCGGAGACCUUGCGCACUAUUUGGAACUUGGUUGAUUUCAGAAAGGACGGAUGCUUGAACAAAGCUGAAUUUUUGAUCGGCAUGUGGCUAGUAGAUCAGUGCUUGUACGGACGGAAAUUACCCAAGAAGGUGGAUGACACCAUCUGGGAUAGUUUGGGAAAUAUUGGAGUGAAUGUGGUGGUUAAGAAGAAAGGAAGAAGAUAGAUUGGCUGUGGAACAGCCUGCUAUAUAGAGGAUACGAGAAUGAAUGAUUCAGUAAAGGAAUAUGUAUGAAUAAG